AUGUCUAAUUCUGUCCCUAUCUAUCUAUGUUCAUUCCUUGGAGCGUUAGUCUAUCUAUGUCUUAAUUCUGUCCCUUAUUCCCUUUAUCUAUCUAUGUCUAAUUUUCCCUUUAUCUAUCUAUGUCUAAUUCUAUCAUUCAUGUUCGUAAUUCUGUCACUUAUCUAUCUAUGUCUAAUUCUGAGCAUUAUCUAUCGUUAUCUAUCUAUGUCUAAUUUGAGCGUUAUCUAUCUAUGUCUAAUUUGUCCUUUAUCAUCUAUGUCUAAUUUGAGCGUUAUUCAUCUAUGUCUAAUCCCUGAUGUAAUCUAUCUAUGUCUAAUUUCUGUCCCUUAUCUAUCUAUGUCUAAUUCUGAGCGUUAUUAUCUAUCUAAUUUGAGUUGCUAUUCAUCUAUGUUAAUUCUUGAGAGUUAUCUAUCUAUGUCUAAUUCUGAGCGCCAUCUUAUCUAUAGUUGUCUAUCUAAUUCACUGAGCUGUCAUCUAUCUAUGUCUAAUUCUGUCCCUUAUCUAUCUAUGUCUAAUUCUGGAGCGUUAUCUUAUCUAUGUCUAAUUCUGAGCGAUAUCUAUCAAUGUCUAAUUCUGUCCCUUUAUCUAUCUAUGUCUAAUUCUGUCCCCAUCUGUAUCUAUCGUUAUCUAUCUAUGUCUAAUUCUGAGCGUUAUUCAUCUAUGUCCAAUUCUGUCCCUAUCUAUCUAUGUCUAAUUCUGAUGUUAUUAUCUAUGUCUAAUUCUGGGUCCCUUAUUCAUCUAUGUCUAAUUCUGAGUUAUCUAUCUAUGUUAAUUCUUGAGCGUUAUCUAUCUAUGUCUAAUUCUGUCCCUUAUCUAUCUAUCGUUAUCUAUCUAUGUCUAAUUCUGUCCCUUUAUCUAUCUAUGUCUAAUUCUGAGUUGCUAUUAUAUCUAUAUAUGUCUAAUUUGAGUCCCGUUAUCUAUCUAUGUCUAAUUCUGAGCGUUAUCUAUCUAUGUCUAAUUUGA